AUGACUACCAGUCUUCCAGAUGAGAUUGCCAAAAUACCAGCAAGUCCAGAAGUUCGAUCGCUAUCAUCGAACUUGCCCAACAAUGUCUCCGAAGCCGGGAGCAGAGAAGCCUUUCUCGCCACUUUCACGCGCGAAGACGACAAAGCCAUUAUGCGAAAAGUUGAUCAACGGUUCCUCCUCUUGAUUGGAAUCCUCUACCUUACCAAGAAUCUCGACUACCAAAACGCUGCUGCUGUCAAAGUGUUGCAAGUCGGAGAACCACGCAACAUUCUUACAGAACUUAACAUGACAUCCGAUCAAUACAAUUGGGUGCAGAGCAUUUACUUCAUCGCGUACAUCGUCUUUGAAGUGCCGAGUAACCUGAUGCUGAAGAAAAUGACGCCUCGAGUAUGGCAGUCGAGGAUUAUUCUCAGCUGGGGAAUAGUCUUGGCGUGCCACGCUGCGAUUCAGAACAAAGACACGUACUAUGCUUUGCGUUUCUUGCUUGGAAUGAUGGAGGCUGGCCUGUUUCCUGGACUGGCUGUUCAACUUUGCUCCUGGUACCGUUCUGAUGAAAUGGGCAAACCUAUUAUGUGGAUGUUCGGCUGGCAAAACUGUUCAGGUGUCGUGGGCUCUUUGCUCGCGUACGGCAUCUCAUACAUGAACGGCAUGUGUGGCAUGAGCGCCUGGAGAUGGGUCUACCUUCUCGAGGGCAUCUACACAAUUCUGUUAGCCGGAGUUACCUGGAUGGUGCUGCCAGAUUAUCCCAAGUCACCUCGAUCUAGUAAAUGGUUGACGUCCCGUGAGCAAGAAUACCUCGAGGUCCGGCUCUCCGAGAACGCUCCUUUGAUUGAGGAAUCUGCUUUCAACAAGGACGAAAUGAUUGCCGCAUUGAAAGAUCCGAGAACAUACUCUUUCAUGCUUAAUCAGCUUUUCAUCAAUCUUGGAGGAUACGGCCUGAGUUGGUAUUUGCCUACUAUUACGACAAAUCUUGGCUUCGCUGGACUCCCACGGAACCAGCUACUCAACAUACCUCCCGCAGCAGCGUCAGUUCUUGCCAUCAUCGUAGUGGGACUUCUUCUCGAUCGCGCAUAUCUGACACGUCCGGCCUUCACGCAACCCAUGAUGGCAGGCUGCGUGGUGUGCUUCGUCCUCUUCUUCACCAUCACGAACAGAAUCGGCAUUUACAUCGCAUGCGUGCUGGGAACCAUGCUCUACUCGGUAUUCUUCAUCCCCUUCUGGCCUUGGAGAUCAAGCACACUCAAAGGUAUGACCGGCUCGGCAUUCGCAUUGGCGUUCCAAAGUUGUGUUGGACAAGUCGGAGGCGUAGUAGGACCACAGCUGUUCCAGUCCAAAUGGGCAUACAAUGGAUACAAGACCAGCUUCGCCAUCUGUGCCACCGCGAUCAUUGUCGCCUGGAUGUUCAAUCUUUGGACGUGGUGGUUGACGAGAAAUGUUGAGUGGGAUGUACUGCGAGUUCGGCGUCUGCGCAUCAAAGCUGAAAAGCAAGGUCAGGUAUAUGGUGGAGAUGAUAUUGCCAUUUUUGAGGAGAGGCAGUUUUACCAUGGUCUCCAGAAGGCUGAUGGAGCCGAGGUGGGGAAAAUGAGCGCUUGA